ACUCCACUUUGUGCACUUGGAGGGGCGGUCGCGGUGACGUUUCAGGCAACGCCUCUGCUGUCAGCCAAUAAGGAGUGGGAGACGCGUCGGGCCUUCGCUCAAUGGGCCGCGCUGGUCCCGCCCCCCUGUGAUCGUCUCGCUGAUAAAAUCCACCCCACAAUCGCCGUGUCCCGCUUUAGUUCGCUCGCAGUCGUCUCUGGCUGCGUGCUUUAGCUCCUUCUUACCUGAUCCUUCUGUCUCUCCCAACCCCGGACACCCGGCUUCCUGGUUAUAUCUUCGGUGUUCUUUUCCUCUCUCCUUCUUUCGCAGUUCAGCAUGCAGGAAAAAGAGGCCUCCUCACAAGGUUUUCUGCCUCACUUCCAACAUUUCGCCACGCAGGCCAUCCAUGUGGGCCAGGAACCAGAGCAAUGGACCUCCAGGGCUGUAGUGCCCCCCAUCUCACCGUCCGUCACGUUCAAGCAAGGGGCGCCUGGCCAGCACUCGGGUUUUGUAUAUAGCCGUUCUGGAAAUCCCACUAGGAAUUGCCUUGAAAAAGCAGUGGCAGCACUGGAUGGGGCUAAGUACUGUUUGGCCUUUGCUUCAGGUUUAGCAGCCACUGUAACUAUUACCCAUCUUUUAAAAGCAGGAGACCAAAUUAUUUGUAUGGAUGAUGUGUAUGCAGGUACAAACAGGUACUUCAGGCAAGUGGCAUCUGAAUUUGGAUUAAAGAUUUCUUUUGUUGAUUGUUCCAAAAUCAAAUUACUAGAGGCAGCAAUUACACCAGAAACCAAGCUUGUUUGGAUCGAAACCCCCACAAACCCCACCCAGAAGAUGACUGACAUUGAAGCCUGUGCACAUAUUGUCCAUAAGCAUGGAGACAUUAUUUUGGUCGUGGAUAACACUUUCAUGUCGCCAUAUUUCCAGCGCCCUUUGGCUCUGGGAGCUGAUAUUUGUAUGUGUUCUGCAACAAAAUACAUGAAUGGCCACAGUGACGUUGUAAUGGGCCUGGUGUCUGUUAAUUGUGAAAGCCUUUAUAAUAGACUUCGUUUCUUGCAAAAUUCUCUUGGAGCAGUUCCAUCUCCUAUUGAUUGUUACCUCUGCAAUCGAGGUCUGAAGACUCUACAAGUCCGAAUGGAAAAGCAUUUCAAAAAUGGAAUGGCAGUAGCUCAGUUCCUGGAAUCUAAUCCUUGGGUAGAAAAGGUUAUUUAUCCUGGGCUGCCCUCUCAUCCACAGCAUGAGUUGGUGAAGCGUCAGUGUACAGGUUGUACAGGGAUGGUCACCUUUUAUAUUAAGGGCACUCUUCAGCAUGCUGAGAUUUUCCUCAAGAACCUAAAGCUAUUUACUCUGGCCGAGAGCUUGGGAGGAUUCGAAAGCCUUGUUGAGCUUCCGGCAGUCAUGACUCAUGCAUCAGUUCUUAAGAAAGACAGAGAUGUCCUUGGAAUUAGUGACACACUGAUUCGACUCUCUGUGGGCUUAGAGGAUGAGGAAGACCUACUGGAAGAUCUAGAUCAAGCUUUGAAGGCAGCACACCCUCCAAGUGGAAGUCACAGCUAGUAUUCCAGAGCUGCUAUUAGAAGCUGCUUCCUGUGAAGAUCAAACCUUCCUGAGUAAUUAAAUGGAUCAACAAUGAGCCUUUGCAAAAUUUUCAAGUGGAAAUUUUAAGGCACCUCAUUAUCUUUCAUAACUGUAAUCUUCUUAGGGAUCAUCUCUGUUAAAAAGUUUUCUGUAUGUCAUGUUAUAAUUACAGGUCAAUUCUGUUAAUAUCUUUUUGUUAAUUUUGCUCUAUGUUUGCCUCUGAAGGAGGUGAGUUUUGUGCUACUUUGGGAGAUUAUGUUCUUUUUUCAUGUCUAAGAUUUAUUUUGAUCAUGUUUAUAAUAUAAUGGUAAUUCAUUUUUGAUGUUUUGUGAAGAAUUUAAAUUUAAAUGAAUGUUCUUAAAUCGUAUGAUUUUUUUGCAUAUCAUUGAAAAGAACAUUAAAAGCAAUGGUUUACACUUAGUUACCAUAAGCCGAAAAUCAAAUACUUGAAAAGUUUACUGUGAAAUUCUACUGAUUUAAGACUAUACUUAAUAUUUUUAAAGAAAUAAAUCAGCUGGGCGCGGUGGCUCACGCCUGUAAUCCUAGCACUUUGGGAGGAUAAGGCGGGCGGAUCACGAGGUCAGGAGAUUGAGACCAUCCUGGCUAGCACGGUGAAACCCCAUCUCUACUAAAAAUGCAAAAAAAAGCCGGCUGUGGUGGCGGGCGCCUGUACUCCCAGCUACUUGGGAGGCUGAGGCAGGAGAAUGGCGUGAAACCGGGAGGCAGAGCUUGCAGUGAGCCGAGAUCGUGCCACCGCACUCCAGCCUGGGCGACAGAGCGAGACUCUGUCUCAAAAAAAAAAAAAAAAAUCUAAUUAUCAAAUGCAUCCCAUUGUGAUAUUCCUACAUUAUAUGAUAUUAACCUAUAUUCCUGGGUCCUUUUAAUUCCCAACUACUGCUCUUAGAGGUCUUAGCCAUUUAUGUUAAUUUUUAUAAGUUCAAUUAAAUAACUAUUAUUCCCAAA